GAGUAGGUAUAAAUGAGAGGCAUGUAAAAGUCAAUCGACAACAUCUACAAACAGUAUUAAGUUAUUAAACUGCUAUCUGAAAUUGACAACUGCUAUUGCUAAUCGUUAUUAACAAUGUCUCUCCAACCCUUCUUUGAAUUGCACCCCUUCCAAGACGUCUUUUCUGACUUUUUGAGUUAUUCUCCUCGUGUCCAACGCCAAAACCGUGUUGGUGAUUUGUCACCUGCCAUUGAUGUUCAUGAAGGCAAAGAUACCGUCGAGGUGGAUGUAGAACUGCCUGGUGUCAAAAAGCAAGAUGUACAGGUUCAUUACGAUGAAGGAAAAUUGACGAUUUCUGGUGAAUCUGUAAAUGAACGCAAGAGCGAAAGCGACAAAGGAAACCAAAGAUGGUCGGAACGUCGCUUUGGUUCCUUCUCUCGAACAAUCACCAUUCCAAACAGGGUGGACGCCGACCGCAUUGAAGCUCAAUUUAACCACGGUAUUCUAAGCAUUGUCUUGCCAAAGAUCGAAGAAUCUCGCUCGAAAAGAAAAAUUGCCAUUAACUGAUAUAUUAAUCGGAAUAGUGGUUUGACUGGGUUUAUGACAAUUUAUGUUUGCGACGAAAAUAUUAAUGCAUGCUUCUUUAUAUGACUCGUUGUUUUAAUGAAAGAUAAUUAUGUUCUAUGACUUAGAGAGUGUGGUGUUUAUGUUGGUGAAACCAAUAAAAGGAGUAGAAUCGUAAUAACUUAUUCAAAGCAAGUUAUAGUAAGCUGGUAUGAAUUCCUCCUUUUCUAUAUGAACUGUGUACAUUCCUUCAAUGAAAAUAAAAGUUCCUCGUUAACGAGACUAUGAAGUAUUAGUACGUUUUUAGCCGCUUCGAAAAAUUCCAUAAAGAUCAGGGGACAAUGCCUUGUCAUUAUACGGCAAUGAAGGAACUUACAUGGCUCCUUCAGUGUAAUUAUUCCAAAUAGGUGAAUACUAGGACAUAGUCAUUUAUCGGCUAUUGAAAAUCGGCAUUAUAUAACACACCUUGAGUAUGAUUGAACCUCUCAAAUGAAAAGUGAAUGUCAGCGUAUGACUAACGUAUAUGAACAAAAAUCCAUAUUCUGUUUAGAGACCCUCAUUUCAAAGACAUAUUAAAUUAUUAUACUUUCCUUGUCCAUAAUAAUAUCGAUAAUAAAGAGAAGGUCUAUGCUAGGAGUAAUAAUGAUCCAAGAGGAAACCCAAUUCUCGAACUUGAGCUUACAACUGAUUUAGGGAAAUUUCCAUCCAUGGAUCUUUGGCAGCAUCAACAGGUAAAUGGAAAGUAAAAGGAAUUCGUAACGAAGACAAAGAGAAAUGGAUAGGUAAAUUGUCAAAAACGCUGUAGAACAUAUCAACAAAGUGCUGGGGCUCCUCCUGAUAAAGUGAUAUAGCAAUGAAGAAAAAAGUUGACAAGUUAACGAUAGAUUUGGAUGACCUUAGUAAGUCCUAAGCUAGGAGGUGAUGAUAAUGUUGGGAUUUCAAUGACAAUAGGUCGCUGCAUCUGCUUAUUUAAAGAUUCCCUUUGGAUAAACAUAUAGCCGAACGUUUUUGUUUUGAAAGAAAAUAACUAGUUCCAUAUUCCUCCAUUGAACAUCUUAAAUUGUUUAAACACUUGCGGUGGAGACUUUUCAUGUACUGGUAUCGUUUGGGCUCAAGUUGUUAGAUGUAUAAUUACGGGUUUUACAUAGACAGAAAACGGUUUCUUUCCUCAAGAUAUUCCUCACCGUGGUAUUGAGUUCAGCUUGAUAUUUGCUUCAUUUGGUGCAACUCUGCGAUUAUACCUUUCACGCUGGUUUAACUCGCCAAAGUACUACAUGCCCUAUGGAACACUGAUGGCAAAUUUCUUGGGUACGUUCCUCAUUGUUAUAGUAUACAUGAUUCCUUGCAUCACGCACUGUAGACCCGUUCCAAAAGUGUAUUGUAUAAAUUUAAGAAUGGGUUUUGCGAUUGUUUGACAAAUUUAUCUACGUUUGUUAAUGAACUUUUAUAAUGUGCCUACAGAAGGAGCAUACAUUUAUUUUAUAUUGAGUGUUGUUGGAUUUUCGUUUUGCUCUGUCAUUGUUGUCGCUGGCGUAUGGGACAUUAUCACAAUGUUCGACAAUAUUCACAAGAAUCACAUAUUCAUCGUUUGCUUUAUUUGAUUUUCGUAACCUAUCUUCGUCUUCACCUUGACGUUUUUUCUUUGUUGAAGCGUAUUUUCUCAUUCAAUAAAAAGCUUUUGGUCAUUUUCCUUUUCGAUUGCCUUGGAAAAGAAAAUUGAAUAAUAAAUUUAGUAUAGUAUGGAGAGAACCACUUUGGCAUUUGAAAGAAGAACAAAAGCUCCUCUUUUCUUGAGCGACAACUGUGAACGAAACUUUCACUUUAUAUGAACAACCGCACUCUCAAGUCGGAAUCAUUUGAAUAUUAGAUUUCUUUCUAAAUAGAAUCUAUACUUCGUACUAAUAUAUUCCUUUUGGUAUGAUUUGAUCACUUUGUUUAUCAUAGUAUGUUCAUAAUACGUAUGAGGUUUCGUGCUAACGCUAAGCAUCUUAAAGAUAAUUUGCGAAUAUUAAAAUUGUUUCUCUAAAUGUACUAAUGAGGGACUAGUAAAUUCCGAAAAGCUUGUUUAGUGAUGAGUGAAAGGCGCUUCGUAAGUAAAUAAAUAAAAGGCUUUUUUAGUUUGUGGCAUAUAAGAAAACAAAUGCUGAGUGAAUUUCUAGAUCAUCAACAUCAAAAUCAAAUAGCAAAAGUCCAAUUGAAAGCAAAACUGGUAAAGACUAGGAAGGAAAAUUGAGCAGAACUGAACCUGCUUUUUAAACCGCUAUAUACUCAUACAAAUUUAUGAGAUGUGUUCGCUAUAAAAUUUUUGCAUUAAAUCCCCAUAACUUCUGUAUUUUCUUUGUAUCUUAUAUUAUAUCAUAUCCACGAAAGAAACAAUCUAUAGUCAUUCUGAAAGUUAAUCCAUCAAGUUUUAUUUUACUUUUUACAGAAAUCACCAGUUUUAUAGAUGACUGCUUAAAAAAUGAAUUGAAAUAGUUUAAUUGUGAAUAGAAAAACUUUAAUGGC